AGGAAACUACCAGUUUGUAGAUUCUAUCCUCCAACUUGUAAACAUGAAAAUUGUAUAAACAUUUAAAAUUUUUGUCAAAAAAUAACAUCCUUAAUUGUAUUAAUAUGGGUGAUCAACCUGAAAAAGAGGACAUUCUCGAGCUGGCUCGUCAUCUAAGAAAAGAAUACCUAUUUAUUUGUUGUGAAAAAAAAUAUAUUUCUGAGUGCAAUGUCAAAGUGAUACAGAAAAGUGAAUUGAUGUUCCACUCCUCUUGGAUCAUCAGUAAACAAAAAUUAAAUCUAGAGAAAUUGGCUUCUCGUAAAGUUAAUCAAAAUCCUGGCGAUUUUUGUCUUCAAGCCACUGCUCUGGAUAAUGUUUCUUUCAUCGAAUCAUAUAAAAAAUUAUCCUCUUCACAUAUUUAUUUUGCUGAUUUAAUCUAUAAUCUCCGAAACAACUAUCAACUGGUUGCUCAAAUUUUACUUGAAGCAGAAAAGGCCUGUUUACCUGGUAUCUCUUCUAUCAUACCUGUUAUACUUUCUUCUCUCUAUAGCGAUUGCCUUCUUCCUGAAGACAGAAGUCUAGUUCUGUCUCUUCUACAUCAAUUAAUUUACAAAAAAAUAGCUAUCGAUGAGAAUCCAAGGCGACUGCUGCAACAUGGAUCCUGUGCUUUCAGUCAGGUUUACAAGAUUUUCUCUGCUACAUUGAGAGGAGCAAAAUUAUUUCUCAUUUCUGCUCUACGAGAACCUGUAAUGUCUUUGCUUAUGGAAGAUGAUCUUUUCCUUGAUAUUGAUCCGGAGAGAGCUCUUAGUCGAUUUUCAAAAGACGAGAAACAUCAACAGUUUGGUAAAGAGAAUACUGAAGAGUACAAGGCAAACCUAGAAAAACACCGUCAAUUUACGAUCAAUAAACUAGUGAAUCUUGCUACUAAAUUUAUUGAGGGUAUCAGCAAUAAUAUUUUCAGUUUUCCAGAUAGCCUUAGCUGGUUGAUCAGACACCUUUACAUUGCCUUAUUUAAUCGUAAAUCAGACCCUCUCGAUGCUAAGGAAGUUGCUGGGAUAUGCUCCGAUCUGAUAUUUUCCAAUUUUAUUUGCCACGCCAUCGUUGAUCCUGAACUUUAUGGUAUUGUUGAUACUCAUAUAAAUCAUGUUGCUCGUUUUAAUCUUAUGCAGAUUGCUCAGAUAAUUCAAAUCUUGGGAAUCAAUCGUUGGGAGAAUGCAGAUCACAAAUACAAAGAUGUCUACUCUAGAUUCCCUCAAAAUUGUGUCACAUCUAUACUGGAUUUGAUAGUAAAAAAUGAUUUCCAUUCUCAUCUGCCAAUGUCGGACGAAAAACCUGAAGUUUCACGUACUUGUGCUUUAAUAACUGAUAAUGAUUUAUAUCUUUUAAUGGACUUCCUCCAUCAAGUAAACAAUGCUUCCAGCGACCAAGAAAUUAAAAGCCAACUCAGCUUAUUACUUAAUAAAAUUCCUGAAUCAGUACUCAGUAAACUUUCACCAUGUAUAGAGCCUCCUGUAUCUUGCGUUAUACCCGAUGAGCCUCUUGGCAAUAGCACUAAAUUCAAAAAAAGUAUUCUUAAUCGUGUAUCUCGUCGUCGUCCUGAAUCAGAAUUUCCAGCUGAAAAUGAUGGAUCCAGUAUUAAAAAUCAGCCUGAUUACAAUAAAAUAGAAGUACUCGUUUUAAAUUUUCCCGAUCUUGCUUCUCAAGAACAUGGCUUAUUAAGUGAGGACAAGGUGUUGAAAUCACAAAGUCGAAAGCAAAAUAACAUAAAGGUGAUACCAUCUUCACUGAACCUGGAAAAUGAUGUAACAAUAUUUUCAGAUUUGGUUUCUGACGAGGACAAUAAUGAUGAAGAUAUUCUUAGCUUAACUAUUGACAAAUUUGCUUCACUUGUAUCAAAUACCUCAUCAGGUGAUGAAAUAGACAGUGGGCCUAAGGAAAAAAAUUUAUUAAUCGAUUUUGAUACCACUGACCAAGUAUUGAAAAUUCAGGAAUCUGAAGUUUUCGAAAACACCAAAAAGGUUCUGAGACACGUUUUAAGCUGUGUUGACCAUCAUCAAAUGUUAUCUCAUGACUUAGUCCCAAGAACCCUCUCAUCUGCCUCGAAUCUUCACACUGAACUCGUCAGGUUUUUGAUGAGUUUGCUAGCAGAAGCAGAAUAUAUGAACAAUGCAAAUAUCAAAGUUGCUUUACAAGAAGCUAUUCGCCGAAUCAAAUCUUUAUGCGAAGAUGACUGUCAAAAGCUUCUAAAAUCAAUCAGAGAAGAUUAUCAACGAAGAUCGCCUUAUAUUGCCUAUCUUAUUCGCUGCCGUCAAAGUUUGUUAUCAACUAUCGCCCAAUUUGACAAUAUUUUAUCUCAUUUGAGGCAGGAUAAAAAAAAUUGCAAUCAUAAUCUUGUAAAUCUAUGCGUUCGGUACUAUCUGGAAAACAAAGAAAAUUCUUUGAAAGAAUUUAUUGAACAGUUCAAAGGAACUGAUGUUUCAGAUGAAAAGGCCCAAUUGGUUGAAGAAUUUCUAUCCAUGCUUUUUAAAGGGAUGGAAACAGAUUCCGUGUGGCAAAUCGCAAGUGAAGAGCAAGUUGAACAUGGUAAAAAAUUAAUUGAACGACACAUCAUGAGUCAGAUUUAUAUACCUGCUUUAUAUCCGAACGGUGAUGGUGAUGUUUUGCGUGAUCAAAUACUUCAACAACAUAUUGACAAUUUAUCUAAAGUUAUUACUCCUGACCAUAAUGAUCUCCGCAUACCAAAAAUAUAUCAUUCUGAAUGCCCCUGGCCAGCUGCUCAGCAAGAAAUUAUUACCCUGAAUGCGUACAAAACUCCGCGAGAAAAAGUGGAUUGUGUUAUUAAAUGUUGCAAAAUAAUCAUGAGCUUGUUGAAACUUGCUAAUGAAAAAUCCGUACCAACUGCUGAUGAUUUGAUUCCCGUUUUAGUUUUUGUUCUUAUAAAGGCAAACCCAGCAUCACUUUUAUCUAAUGUUCAGUAUGUUGAAUGUUUUUAUGAGAAACAAUUAAAAGGAGAAGAAGCUUAUUGGUGGACUCAAUUUUCAUCUGCAGUUGGAUUUGUUAAAACGAUGGAUUAUACUUGAAUAUGUUUAAACAAGUGAUUGGAACAGAUUUAUUGAAUUUUAAAACUAUUUUAUUUUUUGUAUUUAAAAUAAAUCAAUUUUGAUUAAAAA